GUGGGGCCUAGGUUACAUUGUGGCUUUUCACAUAUAGACCAACCUUUUUUUUUUUUUUGGUCAGGCACAAUGCCUAUGACCAUUAUGACGUCAAGGAGAAGCGCUGCGAAACUUUUUGAGUUAAAUCCCCCCGUGGCAUAAAGGAACGGCGAGCCGGGGUUGGGGAAGAUGGCAGUGAAUGUCAGUCUCACCUCUGAAAAUAAUUACAACCAGUUUGAGUUGCUGUCCUGGCUCAACGAAUCACUGCAAACCAAAUUCAAUAAGGUUGAGCAAAUAUGCUCAGGGGCAGCCUUUUGUCAGCUGAUGGACUGGCUCUUCCCAGGGUCUGUAAAACUGGAGAGGGUUAACUUUCAAGCUCAGACAGAAGUGGAAUUUAUCCAUAACUACAGCUUGUUGCAAGCUUCAUUCAGGCAUACUGGAAUAACCAAAUCACUCUCAGUGGAGGAGUUAAUCAGCAGGAAUUCUGAAAACAGUUUCAUGUUUUUGAAGUGGUUCAAGCUGUUUUUUGAAGCAAAUUACCAUGGGCAGAAGUACAAUGCUUUAGAGGCACGCAAGGGGCAGGUAAUUUUGCCUGCAAUGUGCGCUCCUGAUUCUCCUCGAAUAACUAAAGUUAUCAACAGUCCCCACCCAGUUGAAACAACAGGAUCAGAGUCUGACACCGAUGCUCACAGGAAGGAGAAGAGGAAAAAAAUCAUAUUCCUUGACAAAUGGUGUGACACAUUCCCCUGGGUCAGUCGUAGCAAAUUGGGUGAUCAUCAUGGCUACUGCCAACUAUGUGACUCCAGCAUCAACAUUAGUUAUCAUGGGCCAUACGACCUGAGACGUCAUGAACAGUGCCUCCGGCACUUGCAGAAUGCUGAGAGAGCUGGUAAGACUGGAAUGGGAGAGCCAGAAGAAUUUCAAUUUCACGACAACAUGUUGAAGUUCCUUGAGAGGCAUUGUAGCAGCCAGGGACUCCAAAAGAAGAAAGGGUGUGGGGGUAAGGUGUCACACCGCACUGCCAGGACACUUUUAGGGCGUGACUACCCAAAGGACAUUGUUGCCAUUUGCUGUCAGAUGCCCUACUGUGUGUAUCUAUACCGUGGCAUGGAGCUAGGCAAGGAGAAUGCAUUGAGUGCGGUACUAGUGGGCUUUUUUGAUGAGAAGACUGGCAGGAACUGCAUCCGUCUGCUGGAUGUCAUUCAGCCGCGGAAAGACACAGAUGCUGCUGUAUUCACUUGCCUGGUUGAAACCUUGAACAAGUUUGGUAUUUUGCUUUGCAAUUUAGUGACUUUUUACACUAACGCUGAUGCAAGGUUCACUCAACUGUUUUUCUCACGCCUCCAAAAGAUGAACCCUGGCAUAGUCUCCCUUUGCAGUUUGUAUGGUCUGGCCGACCAUGCUUGUCAGUCAGGAGUGAAGGCCCUGCCCAGCCAGGUGGAGGACCUUGUUAUGAAUAUCCAUGACCACUAUUCUACUUGUUCCACCACAAAUGACAACCUGAAAGAGAUCUUUGUCAACACAGGGACAUCUGACACCACGUUGCCCAUCUCAGCCCAGUGCUUGGUCUUAAGCAGCAUUAUCCAAAAGUUUCUUAACAUGUGGCCUGACCUUAUCUCCUACUUCAAGUCUUGCAGUGGCAAGAAUGACAAAGCUGAGCAGAUCUGCAAACAGCUGGAAAACCCCCAGCUCAGGUUGACAUUCAUGUUCCUCAGCUAUGCCCUUGAGCCUCUUUGUGCCUUCCAACGCAAGCUCAACUGCAGUGGGGGCACAAGCAAGAUGGACCUGGCUGAAAUCCUGUUGGAGGCCAGUGGCCUGCUGCAUUUAUAUGCUGCCAGUUUUAUGCACCCAGAAGCUGUGGAGAAGUUCCUCAGUAGUAACAACUCUGAUCUUCUGAGGGACAAGGUGGACCAUCUUCCAGAUACCAAGAUGAAUGUUGGUGCAUCUGCUCGGGAGUUCUUGGCCCAGAGUGAGAAUGAGCUGACUGACACCAUGGCAACCUUUGCUGAAGACGUUGUCGCUUUUUACACUGCGCUCAUGGAGAGCAUUUCAGGAAGCCUGCCACUCAGUGCCAUCACGUUCAGGACUAUUCCACUUCUGUUGAAACGCACUGGGGAACAGAACCUAACAGGCAAGAUGGUGGCAGAUCUGGGCAGCCAGCUUGGGCUCUGCAAAACCCCAGAAGAGGCCAAGCAGCUCAUGAAUGAGUUUUCAGACUGUCAGCUCUUGAAUGGUGAGGAGGAAUGCCCGGCUGACUCCCAAGACACCUUCUUCAGGCAGCGAUGGGGCACAGUGCUGAAGACCUUAGACCAGACGUCUAUCCUUCGAAAACUCAUCCUAAUCAUUCUGACUCUGCCUUUCCCACCCCUGGAACCAGAGGAGAUCCUUCUUCAUGUAUUGGGGAGAGGGGACAUGGGGCUCCUGGAUGAGAAUGUGACAGACUGUGAGCUUACUGAUGACAGUGCUGUUUCACUGGACGUAGAGAUCUUGUCACCUACAGCCAGCAACAAGAGUCAAAAUCAGAGUACCUGUAGACUAUCAGAUGUGAUUGACCUUACAGUGUGUGACACGAAAGCGAUGGCACCAUCACAGGAGAGUUGCAGACCAGAACCUGAGGCUUCGGAACCAAUCAUUAUUGAUGAUGACAUCGUCUGUACAAGCAGUUCUUCUCAGGAGGACAAAGUUAGGGGGUCACAUGGCCGGGGGCGGAGCCUGCGCCAGAAACCGCAGGCUCGACUCUUAUUUCAGGCUGGUGUCAGCACCCAGGAAAAACCUCAAACGCAUGACAAGAAUAAGAGCCCAAGAAAGACUGUAGUAAGCCCUGUGGUGAAGCAGAACAGUAAGACAUCAACUCCUAGCAAGCUGCCUAAGAAGACUUACCCAUACCUGGAUGGCAAAGGCUUUACUGUAGGUGAGCUGGUGUGGGGGGAGGUUGAAGGAUUCUCACUUUGGCCUGCCCAGGUGAUUGGCCGGAGAUUCAAGCAGGCCCCCACGGGUGUGCGCAUGGUGGAGUGGUUCGGAGACGGGUUGUUCUCAGAGAUCCACGUAAAUGGGCUCCAAAACCUUGCAGCUUUUGCCAAGUGUUUUUGUGCCGACUCCUUUGCCAACCUGCCAAUCUAUAAGGAUGCCAUUUUCCAAUGCCUGCAGUUGGCUGCUGAUAGGUGUGGGAAGACAUUUCCAGCAGGGCAGGAGGAGGGGAGGGAUACACAGCUGAAGUUGAUGCUGGACUGGGCUUUUGGUGGUUUCAAACCCACGGGACCAGAGGCAUUUAUACCUCCAAUGCAGACUGAUGAUGAACUUAUCGGCAGUUUGAGCCCUGUCCUCAAAAAGCAAGAGGCUGGCCAUGAAAAGCUGGAGUCUGACCGUACAAAGCAAGAGUCCACUCCCACAAGGAAAGAGUCUGCUGACCAGAAGCAGUGUUCUACCAAUGUGAUGCAAGAGUCUGCCCACGUGAAACAAGGUUCUUCUAGCAAGAAGCAAGAGUUGACUUUCAAUGGGAAGCAGGAGUCUUUCAGCAGAAAACAAGAGAGAGUUAAUGGAAAGCAAGAGCUGGUCAAUGGAAAGGCAGAGAUGACAGAUCCUGCCAUAUCUGAGCCACCACUAAAAAAACUGAAGCAAGCCUACAAGAGCAAAGACUACAGCAAUAUGACUAACCAGGAGCGGCACUAUGGCAGAGAGCAAAUGGUUCACAAAGUUUUGAAGAAUAAAAACAACAUAGAAGAUUUCUGCCUGUCGUGUGGAACAACUGAGACUGAGAUCUUCCACCCACUAUUUGAAGGGAGUUUAUGUUUAAAAUGCAAGGGCAACUUCACGGAGACGCUCUACCGUUAUGAUGAGGAUGGAUACCAGUCCUAUUGCACCGUGUGUUGCGCAGGACUGGAGGUUGUCCUAUGUGGCAAUGCUAGCUGCUGUCGGUCUUACUGCGUGGACUGCCUGAACAUCUUGGUGGGCCCGGGCACCUUUGACCGGCUGGCAGAAGUGGACCCCUGGAGCUGCUACCUUUGCAUCCCCUCAGAACGCUACGGCGUGCUCAAAAGCCGGCUGGACUGGAGCAUCCGUGUGCAGGAGUUCUUUGCCAACAACAGCGGGAUGCAGUUUGAGCCUCAUCGAGUUUAUCCAUCCAUCCCUGCAAGACAAAGACGCCCCAUUAAGGUCCUAUCCCUGUUUGAUGGAAUAGCCACAGGAUAUUUGGUGUUGAAGGACCUGGGAUUCAAGAUUGACAGAUAUGUGGCUUCAGAGAUCUGUGAGGACUCCAUCGCAGUGGGAAAGAUCAACCAUGAAGGCAGAAUUGUGCACGUGAAUGAUGCUCGCACCAUAACCAAGAAGCAUAUUGCUGAAUGGGGUCCUUUUGAUCUUCUGAUUGGUGGAAGCCCCUGUAAUGACCUGUCCAUUGUAAAUCCUGCUCGGAAGGGUCUUUUUGAAGGCACAGGUCGGCUCUUCUUUGAAUACUAUCGGCUGUUGAACAUCUUGAAGCCCAAAGAAGAUGACCACCGGCCUUUCUUCUGGCUCUUUGAGAAUGUGGUGGCUAUGAACCACAGAGACAAAGAAGACAUCUGCCGCUUCCUUGAGUGUAACCCAAUCCUGAUCGAUGCUGUGAAGGUGAGCCCUGCCCACAGAGCUCGCUACUUCUGGGGCAACCUGCCAGCGAUGGACAGGCCCAUUAUUGCCUCUCUGAGUGACAAUGUUGACCUCCAGCAGUGUCUUGAAAUUGGACGGGAGGCUAAGUUUACCAAAGUGCGUACCAUCACCACAGGUUCUAACUCCCUCAAGCAGGGGAAGGCUGAGAUUGCUCCUGUCACCAUGAAUGGGAAAGAUGACAUCCUAUGGAUCACCGAGAUGGAAAAGAUCUUUGGCUUUCCAAAGCAUUACACUGAUGUUAACAACAUGAACCGGGGACAGCGUCAGAAGGUGCUGGGUCGUUCCUGGAGCGUUCCUGUGAUCAGGCACCUAUUUGCACCCCUGAAAGAUUACUUUGCCUGUGAAUAGGCUUCCAGCCCCUACCCCCUUCCUAUCAGGGUUUGUUGCCUGGCAACAGAAAGGCAGAUGGGGGAAGGGCUAAAGCGGGGUGUGCACAGAGGAACUAGACCCCUUUCCUUUCACUGCAGUGGAAUGAACAAAUUAAUGAAUUGAAUUUAAAUCCUCAUUUUAAAUGUUUUUUUUUAAAGAUAUUUUUACACUCAAUUCACUGAAAAUCUUAUCUUUUGUACUCGUAAGAAAAUAAUUAAUUUUUAAAACAUUUUAUUGAUAAUAUGUGGCUUUUACCUCUUUUAUAGGCAUUUCCUAACUUAUAACUUCAACCAUGGCACUGCCACUUUAUAUUUUUCUUCACAAAUGUCAAACGUACAUUAUCUCAAUAGGACUGGAGCUUUCUCACGCUCACACGGGCUACCUCAUUAUUACUCUUCGGUAACUGCCUCAGCGGCUGUAUUUUUCCACUUUUUAGUAGUAUUAACAGUUGAACAUUCUGUAGAAUGUUAGCUCACCACCCUUUACCAUUAUUUGUAUUUUACUUGUAAUAAUGUGUAGGUCAUUUUUAGCUGGCUGAUUGAAGUUUUUGACUAAUUAUUGAACUCAUUUUUUUGGCUGGACCGCAACAGCGGGGCCAGCCCUACAAACGCGAAUGUCUGUGACUGAGUGACUGAGUGAUCUGACUGAGUGAUGAAGUUACACCAUUGGUCGGCUGGAUCACGUGUGUUAGGUCCAGCCAUAUACUAGGUUUUGACCUGGUCUUGUUGACUUGAGAAAGGAACCCAAAACAAUUCUUUACAUGUAUUUUUAAUGCCAGGUAUUUUCUGGUUUUAUUAAAUGUUUUUAUAAGUGCAUGUCAUUGUUAUGUAGCACUGCAGUGCAGCAGUGAUAUUAUUACAUUGGUGCUUUUUCUGGUUAAAGUUCUGUAGGUCAGUUACGUAGAUCAAGAUAUCCUUACUUGAUGUGAGCAUAAUUUUUCUCAAAAAAUAUUGAAUAUUUAACUGACUGAAUGUUACGUUUUGAAUGUCUUUGUUUUCCGUAUAAUUUGAGUGGUUUUGCUCACUUUCAUUACGACUCAUUUUUGAUUCAAGUCAAUUUUUUAUAAUCAGGUAAUUUGCUGUUGGUGUUUAUAGAUGAUUAAGUACAACCAGUAUCACCUAUUUUCAUUAGCAGAGAGGAAACUGCAGUUUUAUUUUUUAUCAUUGUAUUUCAUUGUCUCGAAAUGUGAAAUCAUUCAUUACAUAACCAUCAAUCCUUUUAUGCACAAGUAAAUGCAAUUAGAAUGUAUCAUAUCAAUCUAAAGCUUGUCUUGAAAACAUUUUUGGAAAGAAAAAGCUUAUGAAAAAAGCUGGAAGAUUGAACCUUUAGAAAUUGCAAGCUGUUGUAUGUUUUUUUUUUCUGGGGGGGGGGGGGGGGUACAUCAAUCAACAGAACAUGUUUAAUGGAGUCUCAUUUUCCAUGGUUUCAUAAGGAUCUGUAUUCUUUAAGAAAAGAUACCUCUUUGUUAAUGUAGCCUGCUGACACGCAUGUUAAGUACUGUAUGUGACAGUAGGGAGUUACUGUGUACAAUAAUGUUUUGAUGUCUUUACCAUAGGUGGAACAUUAUCCACUCCAAAUCUGUAUUUUUGCUACUUAAUCACCUGCCAAUCAAUUCGUAUCCAAGUGACUGUCAGUAUAAAUGUAAAAUAUAAAGUAUAAGUGUAAUUUAAAUGAAAUCAUAAAAUUGAAUAUGUAUGUGGAUCAAGAAUUGGCAAAUGAUGAACCAUACGUAAAGUUAUUUACAAACUGUGCAUAGCUCAAACAUUCCUCUGGAAUGGUUGCAGAGACAGAAACUGCUAUCGUGAAAGAAAAGGGAAGUCAUUGACCUGGUGCUACAUAAAGUAAAAGCAGAAGAGCUCUGGGAUCAGUUUCAACAUAUCAUAGAUUUCUUUGUCCUUUUAUAUACAGUACCUCAGUAAUCUUUCAUUACAUUUUUCAAGAUUUAACGUGGUGCUAUUAAAUUCUGUUUUACACUCUUUGCAUUGCAUUUUGUCAUUUGAAGGUUGACUUAAAUAAAAAUAAUUUCGCUUUG